ACUCCCCUGUUUUAAAAAUGGAGAAAGCGAGAUGCUGAGAGGGCGCGCAAUGUCACUUCCGGUACGAUUGCACGUGUUUUUGUCGAGCUGUUCUACUACAGCUUUCUUAGAACUACUCCCGUUGCGUCACGUGUUGUCAACGUCAUGAAUCGAUUGAGCCAAUAGCCGACAUCGCAGGCAGCCGGCGCAGCCACUAGACCAAUAAAACGCCGGAUAUUUCGUGACAUCACGCCUGACUCGCAGCGAUUGUUGCGAUGACUACGGAUUUCCGCGCCGUCAAUGGCCAGGUGACUGAAGCAACCGGUCCACUGGGAUAAACCUCGACGGUUCCUGAGCUCCAUAGGAUGUACCUCAGUUUACUCACCAAAGGGUUGUGUGAAAGCUACUUCCCGCUGAGGGCCGCCUGCGAGCAGCGGCUUCCGGACGGCACCUGCCAUGGCAGCGGGGCACAAGAGCGGCGCUUCCCGUGAGAUCGCGCAGCCCCAGGACCCGCACGCCCUUACGAGGGCCAAUCCCGAUGCCUUGACCCUGCCCUUGGGGCCCCUGCAGCCCUCGCUGCAGGGCGGCGGCCGCAGCAAUGAGGGCUUCAGCCGCACCCCUUCGGAGGCCCUGUUUGCGGCCACCCCGGAGGGCAGCAUCUACUCGGAGAGCGCCGCCCUGCUCAACGGGGUGCUGCCGCGACUCACCACCCUCGAGGGGAAGCCUGGCCCCGAGCUGCUGCUCGAGGAGAAUGAGCUGCAGGUGUGCGCUGGCAAGGCGGUACUGGGUGCCGGAGACCACCCGCUGGCGCCCACAGCGGCGGUGUACAUGGAGACGACGGAAGGCCCGGUGGAGGUGAUGGAGGAGGAGGAGACGGUGAUCACCAAGGAGCGGCUGCGGGUGGUGGCCGUCCAGGUGUUCAUCCCGUUCCUGACGGCAGGCUUCGGCACGGUCGGGGCGGGCCUGGUGCUGGACGUGGUCCAGAGGUGGCCCGCCUUCGUCCACAUCUCGGAGCUCUUCAUCCUUGUUCCGGCCCUGCUCGGGCUCAAGGGAAAUCUGGAGAUGACCCUGGCGGCGCGGCUGUCCACCCAAGCCAACCUAGGCAACAUGGACACGGGGGCCGAGCAGCUGGCCAUGACCACCGGCAACAUGGCCCUCAUUCAGUGCCAGGCGACAGUGGUGGCCUUCCUGGCCUCGCUGUUUGCAGUGCUCAUGGGCUACGUCACCGAAAGCCGCUUCGACACCGGCAAUGCAGUGCUGCUCUGCGCCAGCAGUAUGGUGACCGCCAGUGUGGCCAGCCUCCUUCUCGGGUCCCUGAUGGUCGGGGUGGUGAUCUUCUCGCGCAAGUGCCACCUGAACCCAGACAACAUUGCGACACCCAUUGCGGCUUCCCUGGGCGACCUCACCACCCUGGCUCUGCUGGCCGGAGUCAGUAGCCUCCUCUUCAACACCAUGGACCUGGUGUGGCUGUCUCCGCUGGUGGUGUGCGUGUUCCUGGCCUUCAUCCCGCUCUGGGUGUACCUGUCGAGGCGCAACCCUUACACCAAGGACGUGCUGUGCACCGGAUGGGUGCCCGUCAUCUGUGCCAUGGGCAUUUCGAGUGUUGGUGGCUGUAUCCUGGAUGCAGCAGUGACCAGGUUUAGCGGUCUUGCAGUCUUUCAGCCUGUGAUAAAUGGGGUGGGUGGGAACCUGGUGGCAAUCCAGUCGUGCAAGCUGUCGACGUUCCUCGCCCAGCGGUCCAAGAUGGGCAGCCACCCGAGCAGCGACAACCAGAGCUGCAUCAACCCCUGCUCCGCCUUCUGUGGGAAAACUUCCCACUCCCGCACGGCCCGGCUGCUGAUGCUGAUGGUCCUGCCGGGCCACGUGAUCUUUGUAUACACGAUCCGGCUGCUGAGUGCGGGCCACACUGUGAUCACCCCCAUCUUUCUCGCCUGUUACCUGACGGCCUCCCUCUUCCAGGUGGCCCUGCUGCUCUAUUUUGCCCGCUGCAUGGUGUACUGGAUGUGGGGGCGGCGCAUCGACCCUGACAACGCAGCCAUCCCUUACCUGACCGCCCUGGGGGACUUGCUGGGAAUUGCCCUUCUCGCCCUCUCCUUCUGGUUUCUGGACAGCCUUGGGGACGCCAGCGUCACAGCCUCGGGAUCUCCGCCCAUGCAUGGGGAGCCCCUCUCCUCUGCGGCCCCCUCCGCCGGCUACUCCUACCUCUCGACGGCUGUGGUCCCCACCCCGCUUCCUCUGGACUAGGCCAACACUGAAGACGGGGGCUGCGCCUUCUCCCCCGACCCUCCAAACGUCGUCACUAGCAGAUCAGCGCGGCACCGCCCAGCUCGCAACGGCGUCGCCUUUGGCACACCUUAAAGCCUGUUCACACAGGAAUGUCAUCUUACAUUACGUCACAAGUCAACAAAACAUCCGUGCCUUGAGCGUCGCGUGCGAGGCCACUUCUUGAACUGGUUGCCACGCUUCGUACAAAGCACAGAUGUCCCGGCGACUCUCAACGUAAGCGGAUGUAACGUAACGUGAGCAAACGGUACUGUUCGAAUUGGACUUUUCGGCAUCUCGAAACGACCGCGACUCUGGCACGCGACGACGCCUAGGCGGGCGCUCUUGCGGCUUUGCAGCGAUUCUUGUUGGGCGUCGGCGCGUUCGCCGCUUGCGGCGGGUCGGGGAUUGACGGGCAACAUGUCUCGCUCGGGCCCCGUCUUCUAGGCAUUAACGACUACGCUCUGUCUUUCCCACACGUUCAGCACAGACAUCGUCUGCAUUUUGACGUGCUUACGGUCGGUGCCGCCCGUUCUCGGUGGUAGGGUGCCGUGCCGAGUGGGCGCCUGUGCCACUUGCGUCUCGUUUGUUUUUGUUUGUUGCACGUGCAGCCCCAAUCCUGCUUAAGCUCGUUGCCAAUCGUUGCGACCGCGGUAGACUCCCGCGAACGAAGAUUGGGGUUGUCUCAUUGGCAUCUUGCACGGUUUCAAUGAUGCAACCCAAAAAUGCCACUUCGUGCCGACAAAACGGUUGUCUGGCGGCAUAUUUACAUGUACGACAGGGCUGUGCUAGGUUUGAGGAGUAUACAGGAGAGAUGCGAAGUAUGGGAAUCAAUCUGGAAGUGUAUGUCGACAGACGGCGGUUGAUUGUCUGCACCCGGCUCGUUUGCGGCCACAUCUGUUACGCCGAGGUACGUCAUCUGUUUAGUUUUCCCCGGUUUCCCCAGCGUCUUCCAGCUUUGUCAGGGUUUCCUUCUAGCUUUCCCGUCUUUCGGCAACACUCCUCAAGCACCGGUCCUUGGGCUUCUAAGCUUUUGCUAGUUUUCUUAAUGCCCGAGGUGGAAAUAUAUAUUUUAUGUUGUUUUAAGGUUCUCUUUACCUAAUAGCUGUUCUCUCAAAUUAAUAUGUGGUCCCUUUUUACAGAUUUCUGAUUCUGCCAGAUAGUUAAUUUAGAAAAAUAGUUUCACUUUUCCAUUGCAUUAUUUUGUCUUUUUACUCAUUUUGCAUUUUGUAAAUUUUUCAUUUGCAUCUGUAGAAAGGGUCGUUUCAUACGACAAUUUCACUUCGCCGUUUUCUUUUUCUUUUUAGGGCGUACAAUGUAACGGAGAAGGGUUGGUUACGAUGUAAUGUCGUAUCUGUGGUGAUGGGAACGUGAGUACAGUUCAGCGUCGCUUUCCGAUGGGGCUGCAUAUUUUUUUUUAUUUUUUUUUUAAGAUGCGAGGUUUGGUUUUUGAAGUUUACUUGUUCCGUUGGCUGACCCAAAUUACAAUGCACUUGCGUACCCACUUGGCACCGGCUGUUGGAGCAUUUAGAUACUGGUCACCCCUGUUGAAUAUUGUAAAACGGUGGUGAGCUUUGUUAACGAUUCCAACCACAUAAAUUACGACCCCGCGUACUUCCCAAAUGAUUAGUUACGAACCAAAGAUUUCCCCAUAUUGUAAACUUUACCCACUCAACUCCUGCCUAGAGUGUGUCGAUUCGAAAUGUCUCCUGGUGAUCACAGGCCCAGUGAUUUAAAACUGUGGCCGUGCAUCACACUUUUGUGGCUGCAUAUGUCAUUCACCAUAUUUAUGCCAUCCAUUUACACGAUCGAUUGCGAAAAACAGAAGAGGCUGCAAUGACGGCCUUCCAUUUGUUCAUUCGUUUCGUUCUGCAGUUGCUCGGAAAGCAUUGACAGGUAUGCUUUACACGUCCGUCUGAGGGUUUCAAAGUGGGCUAAUGGGACCCGAGAAAUGCGUGAAUGUCCCGUACGUAUCAGCCACAGUUGUGUCCAGCGGUGCUUUCACUCAGUCUAGUGGACUUCAGAAACUUGAACUCUAGGAGAGUCACUAGCCUGCGACACGCAACGGAAAAGUCCAAUGAUGCAUCAUGGGUGGCCCCACGUCAGAAGAUUUUUGCCGCGCUUGCAAUGCCAGGCUCGUAUUUUUUCCCCGUUAUAGAAGCCUGGCAGCAGCGCUUUUGUGUCGUCAACCACCGCGACACCAGUCUUUCAGCUGUACAGCCUGGGUCUGCGUUAUGAGUCCUUUUUCUCGAUGGUCGUACGUGUAUGUGUGCAUGUUUUUCCGCAUGCUUUUUUUCUCGCAUGCUUUCGGUGUUGUGGGGCAUUUGUCUUCUAGACUGUCUCUAGGGUGGCGUGUGUCAGAACUGUGAGUCAUUUGUUUGCUUACCUGCCCUCGAAACAAAGAAGACUAAAUUACAAUGUGGGAAACAUGUUUAUUCCGGCCGUUGCAGCCGCAAAGACAUCUAGCCAACGCCGGAUCUGUCUUUCGUCUUUCUGCGUGGGACGUGUCGUGUUUAAACGUGCGUUUCUAGGGAAGUGCCUCAGGUUCUAGGUUUGAGCUUCUAAUGCCUUGUGGAGGUCUGUGCAUGGACAUAAACGUAGUACUGUUGUUGGGGCAGCCCGAGACACGCCCGGGAAACAACUUUCCGCCAAUCUCGCUUUGCGAGGCAUUGACGUCUUUCCAAGCGUCGGUUAAAGAUUCGAAGCAAGGUUGACGGUACGCCAACUCGGCUUUGAUCCUCGUUUGGCAACAACUGUUAUUGCAGCAGGACAGAAAGGAAUAAGGCAGGUGUGAUCCUGGACGUGUUUGUCUUAGGACUUUGGGAGGGCAACACUUCCGGCCCCCAGUUCCGCGCAGCUUUACGAAUAAAAAAACUAUUUUACUUAGCCUAGGGAAAGGGACUCGUGGACCGUAGGUCUCGAAGUGGUUCUCCACGCAAUCUCUUCGAAGUGCGACAAAUGGCCCGAGACACCCCUCGUUGUUAGGGUGGUCCCAAGUCAGCAGAGUCUCGGUGAAUCUAAUAGUAGCCUGCUACAAUCCCUGUUGAAAGUCUGCAUUUUUCUUUUUCUAUUAUUUAUGCGGGGCAUAAGUUUAUUUUUUUUCUAGUUUGUGCUCCCACAUGCUUUGGGCCUGUGCGACCCCCUCUGAAGCCGACUUUUGUUGAGGUCUUUGCAGUUGCCAUCAUGAGCCUCCAUGCAACAGCUUUGUUUUCACUUUCCCGUCGUCCCCGACGCUCCUGCCAGCUGUUGUGCGGCACAUGGCUGUGAGAGGAGGGUCUAGUCAAGCAAUACAGACACCGGGCAAAUAUUUCGGGAGUUCACAGCUUGUGCAUCCUUCUUGUCACUGUUUUCGUACCUUUACACCUUCUUUGUUAUUUAUUGAACACUUAGUUGUUGCUGCUUUUUAUGGCCUCAUUCUCUAUUGUUUUUAUUUCUUGUUUACACUUUUCAGGUAAUUUUUGGGGCAUCCCAAGCAGACUAAGCCUACGGCUGAUGAGCAUUUUCUUUUUUAGAGGCUUUAUAGUUGCUUUUUGCUUUUGCCACAUUUCUUACUGGUUUUGGACAAUUUGUUGGGAUCCUUUUUGUUAUUUGGGAGAUGUUUUACUUCAUUGCUCGACUACAAAAGAAAUCUUACUCGAUCUCUGUGUGCCCACAGUCUGCAAACGCAGCCUCGCGAACGAAUCAAUCGGGUGAGAAAGAAAACCUCAAUCCCCUGUGGUCCUCUGGCCACGUCGAUGCAUAAUCAUGGGCCUUUUGCAGCAGCCUCCUUAGCACGUGGAUGUGUAAGGUGUGUUGUUUCUGUGUAUUGGCUGGAUGGAAUCAAUAAAAGUUGAGACCUGA